AAGUGGAGCCGCCGUCUGCGCCGCAGCCGUCGCGACCUCCGCAGCGGAGUUCAGAGGCCCGGCGGCCGGGAGCUUCCCACACGGUGGCUGAGAUGUCGUCAGCUACGGCUUUUUACCUUCUCUCCACCCUGGGAGGGUACCUGGUGACCUCUUUCUUGUUGCUCAAAUACCCGACCUUGCUGCAUCAGAGAAAGAAGCAGCGAUUCCUCAGUAAACACAUCUCUCACCGCGGAGGUGCUGGAGAAAAUUUGGAGAAUACAAUGGCAGCAUUUCAGCAUGCAGUGACCAUUGGAACUGAUAUGCUGGAGUUGGACUGCCACAUCACAAAAGAUGAGCAAGUUGUUGUGUCACAUGAUGAGAAUCUAAAGAGAUCCACUGGGGUCAAUGCAAACAUCUCAGAUCUCAAGUACUGCGAACUCCCACCUUACCUUGGCAAACUGGAUGUCACAUUUCAAAGAGCAUGCCAAUGUGAAGGAAAAGAUAACCGAAUUCCAUUACUAAAGGAAGUUUUUGAGGCCUUUCCUAACACUCCCAUUAACAUCGAUAUCAAAGUCAACAACAGCGUGCUGAUUAAGAAGGUUUCAGAGUUGGUGAAGCAGUACAGACGAGAACAUAUAACAGUAUGGGGUAAUGCCAGUUAUGAAAUUGUAAGAAAAUGCUACAAAGAGAAUUCAGAUAUUCCCAUCCUCUUCAGUCUACAACGUGUUCUGCUCAUUCUUGGCCUGUUCUUCACUGGUCUCCUGCCCUUUGUGCCCAUUCGAGAACAGUUUUUUGAAAUCCCGAUGCCUUCUAUCAUAUUGAAGUUGAAAGAACCACACACAAUGUCCAGAAGUCAGAAGUUUCUUAUUUGGCUUUCUGAUAUUUUACUAAUGAGAAAAGCUUUGUUUGACCACCUCACUGCCCGAGGCAUUCAGGUGUAUAUUUGGGUCUUAAAUGAAGAACAAGAAUACAAAAGAGCUUUUGAUUUGGGAGCAACUGGGGUGAUGACAGACUAUCCAACAAAGCUUAAGAAUUUUUUACAUAAUUUUUCAGCAUAGGAAAGGAAGUACUCAGAAACAAACGUUCAAAUAAAAAGUGAAAAGACCUAAGGGGAAAAAAUUUCAUCAUCAUUUUCCUAAGCCAUUUCCAGAAUGGUAAAAGGUUUAACCAGUUAAGUUUUUAUUACCUCAUUUUUAAGCUGUCUGAGAAUGUAGAAACUAUAUAUUGUAUAUUUAUUUUAAACAAUAUUGCAUAUUUUGCAUUUGUAAAUAGUUUGUUUAGAAAGAUUAUUGAUCAGAAUUUCUGUAUAUGAUUCUAUUAUAAUAAGUAAUUCUGAAAUCAAAGACUAUUGGAUAAUUUCACUGGAAUAAGGUCAGCUCAUUAGUAAAACAAAACUAUCGAAGGCCAUUAUUGCUAUUUUGAGUUGUCUUGUUAUUUCUAGUGGAAAGAGAGCUUAUAAAUCAUUGAUGUGGUUAUCUGACAAGCUGUACAUGUUAACAGGAGACAGACUGAGAGAAUAAACCAAAAGUUUAUUACUUGAUCAAAAAUAAAAUCUGUAGACUGAACUAGAUUUCUUAGUUUGUUGUUAAUGGGGACAUUCUGUUCCGAAUCUUCUUCAGGCAUGUAACAACACUAUCAUGUUUUUUGUUUUCUUGUUUUUGGUAAACAUUAAAAUUGGACUUAUCAAGUAUAAAUGAAGACAAGAUCCAAACAGUCAUAUUUUUAUGUUUCCUGUAAAGAAGUGCAAAUUUUCUAUUUUGGUCAAUGACUAAAUGUUUGGGCCUACAUCUAAAUUUUAAAUAACAUCUUGAUUCCUGAUUUUCAUAUGAAACUGAAAAAAAGUGCAUAUCAUUGUUUUUAAUACUUAUAGUAUAAAUCACCUGUUCCUGAUCUUUAAGAAUUUAUUCUUCUGAGUAUUAACUUGGAAAUAUAAUUUCCCAAAGCAUUAGCCAUCACUUUCUCAACUUUUCUGAUGUGACCUUAUG